CUAACCUAAAAUCGGUCUCAUUUCCGCCAUUAUUUAACAUAGAAAAGCCACACGUGCUAAUCUUAACUAAAAUAAAAAACAUUUUAAUACCAAAAUGGAUAAACCAGUAGUUUUGGCUCGUGUUAUUAAAGUUUUGGGACGUACAGGAUCCCAAGGACAAUGUACACAAGUAAAAGUUGAAUUUAUUGGAGAACAAAAUCGACAGAUUAUUAGAAACGUUAAAGGACCAGUCCGAGAGGGUGAUAUUUUAACGUUAUUGGAAUCUGAACGUGAAGCAAGAAGAUUACGAUAAAAUAUUUUGUUAAGUAAAAAAAUGUUUUUCCGGAGGAUUAACUUUUAUUUUCAAGUAACAAAUGAUUUUCUGUAUUUUUUUUUUUUUAUAAUAUAAAAUAUGUAAAAAGGGAAUAAAAGUGAAUCUACCGUA